AUGCUUUGUGAUCUUCAUGGGCACCCGCACAAGCCACACUUGCACUUGCAGCUCUCACAGGCAUACAAUGUUUACGUGCUCAUGCUCCUUGAGCUUGAGGAGAUGGUCCAACAUGCCCUGGGCCAUGACAAGCCAAACUGGCACAUGUUGAAUGCUUGUCCUGCCUGCAACUAUGUUCUUGAAGGAGAGCCUGAGCUUGCUCACUCCAAGCUCAUCAGUCUUGAUGGCAACAACUCAAGCAAGUGCUUUGCCCAGGCAGGAGAUCAAGAUCUUUGCACAUUCAAGAGCAACUAUCUCUUGUCUCCCAUGUUCAUCGAUGAGUUCAAGAAGGAGCCCACACAUGGUAGGACCCACUCAGCUAAGGAGCUUCCCAAAGAAAACAAGACCAAGACUGAGCCAGACGAGGACAACUGCACAGACAAGUCAAAGACUUCCAAUGCAAAGGAGCAGUCCUCGCACCAGAUGGAUGGUCUUGAUGCUACUGGGAACUUUCUGUGUACAUGGUGCCAUGGGAUGGUUGUGUGCUUGGCCAACAUGUUGCAGAGCAGUGAGCUGUGUGUGUUCAAGAAGCUCAAGCUCAAGCCCUUGCUGAUUGCAUAG